CAGUUGGUAAUUGGCAGUGCCACGAUUAGGAGCUGGAACGUUUGUUUCCGAUUAACAUUAACGCGAACAUUAUGGUCGCGAGAAUGUUGUGGCUUAGUUGUUUUGUAGGGUUGAUCGCCUGCUCGCUAGUUCAAGGCAAAAGAAUUUCGCAGCUCAAAUGUGAAGAGUACGUGAACCAAACUAUGACAUCCGUCAGUGUCAUAUCGCUGAUACUGGAUCCAACCCCUAUCGAGUUCACAUCCUACAAUUGUUCGAAAACCAUCGAUCUCAUAGUGGGUGGAGAGGACGCCAAGAGCGGAGAAUUCCCCCACCAAGUACUGCUCGGAUGGAAAACCAAUCACACGGGUGUCUAUCGAUUCGAUUGCGGAGGAACGGUGAUCAGUGACCGAUACGUCCUGACGGCGGCUCAUUGUGCGUCCAAGGGAAACAAUAUGAAUCCUGCACCAGAAAUUGUAAGGUUCGCUGAACUGGAUCUGACGAUCGAUGAGGACGAGUUUGACAUAGAGAUUGAAAAAAUUACGAGGCAUCCGGCGCAUCGGUUCCGUUCCUCGUAUCACGAUAUUGCUCUGGUCCGUUUGAAGGAACACUUGCGAUUUUCGGCCGUAGUUCGACCUGCCUGUUUGUGGGUUGAUGUGGACACGAGUCCUUCACCGGUCAUUGCUACGGGAUUCGGUCAGUUGGAUGUAGCAGACGAGCGUGGUUCAAACACACUCCGGAAGGUACAGCUGGACGUCCAGGAUUUGAGCGGCUGCAACAAUCAGUUCUUGGGGACGAGAAAUUUCCCGAACGGAAUGACCGAUAACCAGUUGUGCAUAGGAAGCUCACGAGGUGGUAAGGAUACGUGCCAGGGCGACUCGGGCGGUCCGAUUCAGGUUUUGGCUAACCCCAAGUGGUGCAUCUACCACGUGCUUGGUGUAACUUCCGCUGGGUCGGCCUGUGGAACCAUGGUGCCAGCAGUGUACACCAAAGUGGCUAGUUAUAUAGAUUGGAUCGAAGGGAUCGUGUGGGGAUCCGGAUGAUCUAAUGGGGAUUCGUUUGGAUUAAGUAUAGUCUAUAUAAGGUUAACAGCUUACUAUCAAAUGAUUCGAUUUUAUGAUAAAUGUUUUGAUUAAAUUCAAGCUAGCUGAAAAUCAUGCCUUCCUUUUACUAUGACUUUGUCCUAUUUAUCUAUGAUUACAAAUUACAAGUUCAGAAUCAAUUCAAAGUCAAAGAUAAUCGAAGCGCCUAAGCGAAGAUAAUCAA